AUGUCGGAAGACUUGACCUCCUCAAAGGAGAAACAAAUUCUACAAAAGCAAGUUUUGGAUGAAUAUACUAAAUUAGCUAGGAAUAUGGAUUCUCUUGCAAAAUUGUUGCAUGAGAUGGUGUGUAGUCCAUCAAACAAUAUCCUUGACUCUUUAAGAGAACUGGAAAAGGAGAUCGGUUUGGUACAUACGUUAUUUAAAGCAAGUGUUUGGGCUAUAUUGGCAGACUUGGAAACGCAAGAAACAAAAACUUAA